AUGGGGAUGGUCCUGGAUGCCUUUGCAUCCUACGUCCAAAACAUGCUGACAGAGAUGGUGAGCGAAGAGGUGCACAUGCUGCUUGGAGUUGGAGAUGAGAUCGACAAGAUGGACUCCAAGCUUCGGGACCUCAAGAACUUCCUCUCUGAUGCUGAUAGGAGAAACAUCACUGACAAUACCAUGCAAGAGUGGGUGGCAGAGCUCAAGCGUGCCAUGUACGAAGCUGCUGACAUCCUUGACCUAUGCCAACUCAAGGCCAUGGAGCAAGGUCAAACCACCGUGGAUGUUGGGUGUUUCAACCCCUUGCUCUUUUGCAUGCGGAAUCCAGCCCAUGCCCACAACAUCGGCACCCGCAUCAAGGAGCUCAAUAAGAAGCUUGGCACCAUCAAGGAACGAGGCGAUGCUUUCAACUUUAUCAAUCUUGGUUCCUAUGAGGAUCGUAACAGCAGGGUGCAUGCCUCUCAUUCUGCUAUUCGCAGCCGUGAGACGUCGGGGGAGUAUGAUCUGUCAGGUGUAGUUGGAGAGAAGAUCAAAGAAGAUUCAAGAGCAAUCAUUGAUAUCAUGCUGACUGAAAAAGUGGGCAACCCCAACAUCAUGGUGGUAGCCAUUGUUGGGGUCGGCGGAAUCGGAAAGACUACUCUUUGCAAGAAAGUAUUCAAUGAUGAAAUCAUUAAUGCUGAGUUCGACAAGACAAUAUUGUUGAGCAUCAACAAGAACUUUGACAAGGUUGAGCUAAUCAAGACAAUGAUCAUGCUCACCGGAGGAGAAUGCGGUGGUGGAGCGGUGUUGGCUGUGCUUCAGCCAAUCCUUACUACUGCCGUGACAGGGAAGAAGCUAUUUAUAGUGAUGGAUGAUGUGUGGAUCCCUAGAGCGUGGGACGACAUGCUUGGAAGUCACUUGGCUAAUGUUGUUGCUCGAGGUAGCCGAAUCCUCGUCACUACUAGAGAUGAAAGAGUUGCCCGAGGGAUGAAAGCUUUGUUUCCCUACCACCACAUUGACAAACUAGAGGAGGAGGAUGGCUGGUCAUUGCUCAAGAAACAGAUAGUCUCUUGUGAAACAGAUGGACAUGAAAUAGAUACACUCAAGGAUAUUGGGUUGCAAAUUGUAGCAAAAUGUGAUGGUUUACCUCUUGCUAUCAAAGUAUUGGGAGGACUCCUGUGUCAGAAAGAAAAAAAACACCAUGAGUGGAAAAUGGUUCUGGAUGACUCUGUAUGGUCGGACAAUGAAAUGCCUGAAGAGCUAAACCAUGCAGUAUAUUUAAGCUAUGAAGAUUUGCCUUCUUGCAUCAAACAAUGCCUUCUAUACUGGUCACUUCUUCCAAAAACUGCAUUACUUUAUAAACAAGACAUUAUCAGCAUGUGGAUUGGUGAAGGAUUUGUUCAGGGAACCUCAGACAACUUGGAAGAAUUAGGAUCCAAGUACUACAAGGAGCUGAUAGUGAGGAACCUUAUAGAGCCAAAUGCAAAGUAUCUUGAUCAAACUGUUUGCAGCAUGCAUGAUGUUGUUCGCUCAUUUGCUCAAUUUGUGUCAAGAGAUGAGGCACUGGUGGCUCAUAGUGGAGAAACUAAUAUUGGAAGUAAACUUAGUGCACACAAUGGGGUUGGUGAAUUGGCUGAACUUUUGCAUGAGUUCAAGCACUUGAGGUACUUGUUUCUGAAGAACUCUAAUAUAUCUUCUCUAACGGAUAACCUUGGAAAGUUGAAAUUCUUGCAGAACAUUAACCUCCGGGGAAGCAAACAAUUGGUGAAACUUCCUCAUAGCAUUGUAGAGUUAAAUCAGCUAAGGUAUCUUAACAUCCGUGCCACAAGUAUAUGUAGCAUACCUAGGGGAUUUUGCGGUCUAACAAAUUUGAGGAUAGUAUAUGGAUUUCCAGCAAUAGAGGAUGGUGAUUGGUGCAGUCUGGAAGAGUUAGGCCCUCUUUAUCAGCUCACUCAAAUUGAACUACAAGGGCUCGGGAAUAUAACUGUGCCAUCAUCUGCAGCAAAGGCAAAGCUUGGCGAGAAGGUGCAUCUUACCACCAUAUGCUUAAGGUGGCAUAGUAGACUGGGAGAUGAUGGGAAGAUAAAAGAGGAAGAUAGUGUCUCUGAGGAAGAGCAAGAAAAAACUGAGAAGGUGUUUGAUGAGCUCUGUCCUCCACCCAACUUAGAUUAUCUUUUCAUCAAAGGCUAUUUUGGCCAGCGACUCCCAUGCUGGAUGAUGUCAUCAUCAGUUGUGCUCCUCAAGACCUUGAGGGCUCUGAUGAUUGAUGACUUGGCUUGCUGCACACUACUUCCCAAUGGUUUGUGUCAGCUCCAGUAUUUGGAAAUCAUUCAGAUCAACCGCGCUCCAGCCAUUAAGCGUGUUGGACUUGAAUUCCUACAGUCCAACCAUCACCAAAGUCUGCCCCCUUCCCAUGUGCCAGUUGCUUUUCCUAGAAUGGAUAGGAUGAAUUUAAUAGGGAUGGUGGAAUGGCAGGAGUGGGAUUGGGUGGAGGCAGUGCAAGCUUUUCCUGUCCUGCGGGAACUUGUGAUAGAGUCAUGCAAAUUGACUAGUCUUCCUCCUGGCCUAUCCUCCCAGGCAAAGGCUUUAAAUGAAUUAGCAAUAGAGUUUGUCGAGGGUCUCACAUAUGUAGCGAGCUUUGUAUCCCUGGUGAGGCUGAAGGUAAAUACACUUCCUGAUCUGGAGAGGAUCACUAAUCUUGCCAGAUUGCAAAUACUAAUCAUCAAAGACUGCCCAAAGCUGAAGGUGCUAGAGGGUGUUCCCGCACUUCAGAGGCUCUCGCUUGACGAUGAAGACAUGGAGACACUCCCGGAAUAUAUGGGAGGUAUAAGUCCAAGGUGUUUGGAGCUAAACUGCAGCCUAGCGUUGCUCUAUUCCAUAGGCGCGGGACAAUCUGGCCCUGAAUGGGACAAGUUCAGCCACAUUGAGUGUGUGAAGGCAUAUGCAUGUGAAGGAGAUAUGGUAAAGAAAUGGUAUGUCUUGUACACAGGCAACCCCUACAAUUUGGAGACAAAUAUCAGCCGCUCUUUCAUCGAGUAUCAAGGAACCUUGUCUUGUUUUGAGGACGCACAAAGAUUUGAGACUGUAUUCAAAAUGACAAGAAAAACAUUUGACUACAUCUGCAGCUUGGUGAAAGUGCCGGCAUUGGAAGAUAUGAACAGCUACACAUUUAUUGAUGGGAGGGUACUGUGUUUAGAAGAUCGAGUGGCAGUUGCUCUGAUAAGGUUGUACUCGAGUGAGCCAUCACAGACCAGCUUGCGAUCCUCUUUUGGUGUUGAUGAGUCAACCAUGAAGUUAGUAACUGAUAGGUUCAUUGCAGCUAUGUGCAAGGGAGCAACACGCCACAUAUGCUGGCCACACUCCAGUAAAAUGGAUAAGAUCAAAUCCAGGUUUGGCAAGAUCCACAACAUGCAUAAUUGCUGCGGUGUCAUAUGUACAACUCAUAUCCCAUUUGGGCCAACCUGCGACCAUGAGAAGAAUGCCAGCAUUCUAAUGCGAGUCGUCGUUGAUCCGGGGAUGAGGUUCAUGGAGAUUUGGUUGGAAUGGGAAGGUAGCAAGAACUGGUCUAGCCAUCUGCAGGGCUGGGAUCUCUUCAAGGAGUGUGAGAAGGGUGCUCAUCUGAAUGGCAGUAAGCUGAAGGUAGCAUUAGAUGGAUCGGAAGUCGGAGAAUACAUAAUUGGUGAUGCCGGUUACCCACUUCUCCCAUGGCUACUCACACCUUACCAGGAAGAAGACCUCUCAGACGCCAAGGCAGAGUUCAAUAGGAGACACUCCGCAGCCACAACCUGCCUGACCAGGGUGCUGGCAAGGUUCCAAGACACGUGGAAAUUCCUGGAGGGGCAGACUUCGUGUCCAGUCAAUUCAGAGACUCUAGCCGAGGCAAUCUAUGCGUGCUGCAUAUUGCAUAACAUAAUCAUAGACAUGGAAGAUAAUGCAGCCAGGCCGAACGUUGGGAAUUACUGUCAGGAAGUGCGGCAGUUAGAGAAUGAGGAUUCUGUCAGGGCGAGGGAUAUGCUGUCGCAAUAUUUCUGGACCAGCAUGCCGCCCACAUUGGGAGUCGGCUCAGAGGAUGUAGAGGAACACCCUGAAGUAGCCGCAUCGGGCUUAGGAGAUGAAGACAAGGAUCAACAGGUGCAGACAAGAACAGCAGAGGAAGAGAGCCAAGAGAUCAUUCUCUAAAAAUACUUCUUUCUGCCACAUCUUCCAUUUUCGUUCAAGUAAAAUGGGAAGCUUACAUCGUGCUGUUUGGAGCUUUUGAAUACAUGAAUCUGGAGCAGCCCAAGCAAUGAAGCAAGAGACUACUUUGAUGCUACAGCAUGAAUUGAAGUUCAACGUUUUUUUAAAUUUUAGUAAUCUAUCUAAUUGGCUAGAGAUCUCGUUUCCCAAAGGGUCAAAUACAAGUGCUGUAGUAUGUUUUCUAUGCAUGAGCUACAAACUUUUAUGUGUUGAAAAAACCGAUAUUCUAGUGUGCAUGAGGACUAUCUGUGAUUUCUAUCGAACAGUUGAUGUAAACUGAAAAAUAUGCAAACAUAA